ACUUCGACUCUCUCAUCAACUUCUCGCAAUUGUCAUCACCACCACGCUCUCCGACUCUUCCAAUCGUCGCAAAGUCUCACCAGACUCACUCACCUUUUUUCCCACCUCAACCACCCCAAACAACCACUUUUCAAAAUGACUGGCGGCGGCAAGUCUGGCGGCAAGGCCUCUGGUUCCAAGAACGCGCAAUCGCGUUCUUCCAAGGCUGGUCUCGCGUUCCCUGUUGGUCGUGUCCACCGUCUUCUUCGAAAGGGCAACUACGCUCAGCGUGUCGGUGCCGGUGCUCCCGUGUACCUGGCUGCCGUCCUUGAGUACCUCGCUGCCGAAAUCCUCGAGUUGGCUGGCAACGCUGCCCGUGACAACAAGAAGACCCGUAUCAUCCCCCGUCAUCUCCAGCUCGCCAUCCGAAACGAUGAGGAGUUGAACAAGCUUCUGGGUCACGUCACCAUCGCCCAGGGUGGUGUUCUUCCCAACAUUCACCAGAACCUUCUGCCCAAGAAGACUGUUAAGGGUGGCAAGAACGCGAGCCAAGAGCUGUAA